AUGGAAAGAGAGAAGGGAAACAGAGAAUCAAUUGUUUGUGGAGAUCAGGACCCAGCACUGCAGCGCUAUGUUAAAAUUCCCAAAGCUGAUACCAAAUUGAGAUCUCAAGAAUCAGAUGAACAAGGGGAGCCGAAGUAUGAUUAUGCAGUCACAGGGGAAAUAUCUAUAUGCACAUGUAAUAAAUCACAGGAAAGAAAAGAAGAGUCAUCAAGCCACAAAAAAGAAAAUACGAGUAAAAACAGAACGGAGACCACCAAGAAUGCUGAUGAAUCUGCUGUUAUUGAAGAUACUAAAGUAAAAAAGAAAGAAAAAGCGAAAGUUAAGAGACCAACCAAACGAGCACGUCUGAAAAGUGGUACUGUGCAUUAUGAAAACGAAACAGUGAAUACCUCUAUGAAGAAGGAAGAAAAGGCGAAUUCAAAUAGGCCAGACAAACGAACAUGUUUGAAAAGUGGUAUUGUACAUUAUGAAAACGAAGCUGUGAAUACAUCUGAUAACAAGGCAAACGAUGACAUUGAAAAUGAAAGUGUUAGCGACAAAUCUUAUGUUCGAAUGAGAAACACAGAUACUGGUAGUGCAUCUGGCCAGUUCGCAAAUGAACGCGCUAACACUUCUUCAAAUAAGCGUCAUGGAAAUGAGAGUAACUUGUAUGAAAGUAUGCAUGAUAUGCCAUAUAAAAUGAUGACUGCUGUCGAUAUCGAUAUUGAAGCUAAUAACGAUGACUGUAUGUCAACACCAGAAAGAGGUAUUAGUGAUAAGAUGAGCCACAUAAAGUUGAACACAGACAGUGAAAAUGGAAGUGAACAAACCAAUGUCGAUUUACCAUUACAAAGCAGUAAUAUGGAAAACAAGGACAACGUACAUGAUGAAAGGUUUGAAAAUAUGGAUUCGUACAGUACAAGAGAGAGUCAGGGAAGUGAUCUAAGCAAUGAGAGCAGAAAAAGUGACGAGAGCGAGGAAAGUAAUGAUAGUAACAAUAGCAGAUCUACAGAUAUAUCUGUUCGUUCUGACAAUAAUCCAAGAGAAUCAGCACCAACAAACUCUGGUCAAGACAAUCAUUCUAUGAGCGUGCAUAUUUAUGCAAACAAUGUUCAGUUAGGUCCAAAAACAAUCGUCUACAUGCAAAGAGAUUAGCAUAUAGCAUUAUUUGGGGUAAUUUUCUAUAAAUGAGAAAUGAAGAAUAUUAAGGGCUAGAGUUUAUAUGCCCUUAAUUCAUAAACCGUGACAAUACUCCAAGAGAAUCAGCACCAAUAAACCCUGGUCAAGACAAUCAUGUUAUGAGCGUGCAUAUUUAUGCAAACCAUGUUCAGUUAGGUCCAAAAACUAUCGUCUACAUGUAAAAAGAUUAGCAUAUAGCACUAGUUUGGGUAACUUUCUAUAAAUA